AUGGCACCCGCUCCUACUGCCGAGGGCACUGCGCCGCUCGCCGACUAUUUCUUCAUCUCUGGCAUUGAGUCGUCGCAGGUCUACGACGAGCGCGCACAGCAGAAUGGCAUCGGCUUAGUCACUUCCCCGCUCGCCGCCCCGCCAGUCGACGAGACCAUUGAAGAAGAUCGCGCCCUGGAGACGGACUCAAGCAGGCCCGCGUCACAGGAGGGUCUGCCCAAUGGUGACAGUUGUAAUAGGCGCUCUGCCGGACGUAUGAGUGAGCACCGAAACUCAGUCGGAACGAUUAUUGGCCCGGACAGCAAGCACACCGCGAGUAACCGCAGCAGCACAACUAUCAAGGGCGUGCAACUGCUUGGUUCUGGCCUGAGCGAGCAGGACUUUGAGAACGCGCUGCGCAAAUUCGCCUCGGAGAGAGACAAUUUUCUCGAGGAAAUCCAAUUUACCGCUGGUGUUGCGCAACAGAACCGCCCCACCUCCACCCGACCACGCCCGCGACCGCAGCGAGUGCAACAUCCCGGUAACGAAGAUGGCGGAAAUCUCAGAUCCGGAGCAGCCUCAAUCCGAACAUCAAAGCGAAUGUCGGGAUACAACUCAGUGAUACCGGCGCCUCAGCCAUUCACACCGGAGCCAAACAUGCACCCUCUGCUGCGCCGCUAUGAGCCGGUUCUCCUGGAUCGCUAUCCCCCGAAGAAUAUGGUAGAGGAGCUGAAAAAACGAAACCCUUUUCCCGACUACGUGCCUAUGUUUGCUUUUCCCAACGACGUCAGCGUAGUCUCCUCGGACGAGCGACCAAAGACCCAAUGGCAUGGAUUCGCAAUGACCGGUGGUGACAGCUGCAAACUUUACGGAAUUUGCGUUAUCGUCUGGCUGCCCUUGAACUCAACAGCUGCUGAAGGAUUGGAGCGCCAGUGCGAAGAAUGGCGCAGGGUCCACAUGAAUCCAGAGGAGCGGGAAUUGGCGAGCAGCUUGGGAGAGCGUCUUGCGCUCGAGCGUGCGAAGCUGUCUCAACUUCUUUCCCAACUGCCGGCCGUAGCUCCGGAGUCCGAAGAGCGCGAGAACCUGGAGGACCAGAUCAGCGCGGUGGAAGAAAAGAUUCAGCUCAUGACAGACCUCCUCCGCCCGGUGAGGCACGGAGCUGCUUCCAAGAUCGAAGGUCUGACUGAUGGAGAAACCGGCCUUUGGAUCCCACGUGCCUAUGGCGUGAUGGGCCGAGAUGCCAGUCUGACACCCUUCUGGAAGGAAUGGCUAAAAGCAGUUGUAGUCCCCAUGACCAAUGGUGCGAUUCUGCGCGUCCCCGCAAGCUCACCCCGAAUUGGUAUGUGGCAGCCGUUGGAGCGAUAUGUGGUCAACCUCUGUGCGGAAGCUCUUAGUCCGAUCACCUCCAUUACACAGGUUGAAUUAGCGGUUCGCGAGUUGCGAAUGUAUGCUCGCAAAGAAGCGCUCAACGAGAUUCCUGGAUCCCGCAACAUCGACAUCUACGCGCUUUUCCGCUGCCUAUCGAUUCCGAACAUCGUCACACUCUUCGAAUUUGUGCUUAGUGAGUCGAGGAUCAUUCUCCUCUCUUCACAUACAGCAAUGCUGCAUCUUGCAAGUAUGGCGAUCGUCAACUUGCUGUAUCCGUUCCAGUGGGCCGGUGUGUUCAUACCGAUUCUGCCCGCCCGUCUGGUCCAAACGAUCGAAGCCCCUUGUCCAUACAUUGUUGGCAUCGAGCGUCGAUACGAGCCAACCGAUUACCCCGAGGACGAAUACGUGCUCAUUGACCUAGACGCUAACUCAAUUGUCUCGAAUGGACCUCCGCCUCCAGCUCUGCCUCGCCAGCAGCGACGGAAACUGAUGUCCCUUCUUCAACACUCUGCUCCGCACCACGCUCGGUACGGCGUACCAACUGGGCCUCCUCAAUAUGCAGUAGAAGCAUACCCUUACGACACAUUCUGUUCGGAGAACCCUAAUGUGUUCUCUCACAAAGCGCAUCCUUCCACAAUUCAGACCUAUGUUGGUCUUAACUCAACAUCAUUCGGCGCUGUUGGCGGACCGUCCAGCUCGAAGCCUUUGAUCCAUAAUCUUUCCGACCAGAUCAAGUCCGUGCCUCGUUUGCGCUUCAUGGUUCCAGCGACCGGCGAGCGCAAGAAAUCUGGGAUGCAUUAUCAGUUCAAGAUGGACGAGUUCAUGAAGAGCCAACCGAGUGAAAACGUGCAGUAUUUGGCCACUCUGCAACAGACGCAAGGCUUCAACGAAUUUAUCCACGAACGCGAGAGCAAGCGAGCAGAUGACCCAAUUGUCAAACUUUUCGACGAAGUCAUUCUCGCAAAGCGCAACCGCGGCAAAUCAUCCUUCUUCUCCAGAUCAAAAGCCGACUUCCUCUCUGACACGAGCGAUCACCUCUGGCGCACCGCGUCCGCAACUCCACCUAACUCACGCUUCCCCGGCGACUAUCGCUCCGUGAUUAGCCGCAUUCCUUCCAAGCUCGAUCCCACACUCAUGAAAGAGCCCCGCGUCAUCCAAGGCGUGCCACGCAUCCCCAUGGCAAAAGCUCGCCGCAAGCCUAUUCCCUCCAUGCUUGGACCAAAUGGCACUGGCCCUGCACCAUUUUGA